AUGUGGACUGCAUGCUCGGGCUACAUCGGCAAGCCACCGGCAGACAUCGAUCCUUCCAUACCCUCCAGUGACUCCAGUGCCCUGCGCAUGCAGUUCCCCAUGUGGCUCAUGCCGGGCAAGAUACUGGCAACAUUGCAGCCUCCGCUCUUGCCGCACGAGGAGCUGUUGCAGGAAGGCAAGCUGGUUAGGUGGGAGCCAGGGCAUCCGAACACGGUUGUUUUCAUCAGUCAUGAAUGGAUCGGCUCGCAUCACCCAGACCCGGCGUUCAAGCAGUUCAGAGUGCUCCAGCAGGCCCUCCAGAAUCUUAUGGCAGGAGCGGUGACAAUCCGAAAGGACACCAUCUCUGAGUUCUUGAACAUUCCUUUGGCUACACUCUCUGAGUCAAUGCAGCGACGCUGUCUCGACUGGGAUUUCUGGUAUGAUUUCAUCAGCUGCCCGCAGCUUGGUGUUUCAGGUGACCCUGGUGCCAGCAUCGAAGAGAAGAGUGCAAGCAAAAGAGGUUUGGCAGCUGCCAUCGCAAGCAUCCCAGCAUACUGCGAGAAGGCCGACCUCACCGUCGUCUUGGCGCCUUCGGUUCUGCACAGCGACGUACACCAGGUUCUAUCAACCAGCUCUUGGAGUAGUCGCGGCUGGUGCCGUGCAGAGCGCACAGCCACCGUGUUCUCUUCAGCAAGCUCCGCUUCCAAGAAGGUCCUGCUGGUCGUUUCGGGCCCCACCCAGAUUUCCAUCUCAGGCGGGCCCGAGUGGAUUUCAGCAUGGCCUGGCGAGGGAAAGUUCACCAUUGAGCAGGACCGAAGGGUGUUGCAGGAUCUCACAGGAGAGCUGUUGGCGACAAAGUGUGAGAAUUUGCUGCGCAGCGGUCAAAGCCAAUGGCGGUUUUACCAAGCUUUGCUUCCUAGGGCCCGCGGUAGGGCGGAUUUUGAACGUGAAGGCCUCGACCAUUUCUUACAACGAUACAGCAUUCCUGAUUCCCACUGUGUCGUCCAUGGGAUGACGCCCCUCAUGCUUGCAAGCCUUGAAGGCAACAUCUCUGUUAUGAGGGAGCUAUUGGAAUCCAAGGCGGAUGUUGAUGAACUUAUCGCUUGGCGUCUUCCUGAAGGUCACAUUCAGGGGAAGUCUGUGACAGCACUGUUGCUGGCAGCAUCCUUGUCUUCAAAGGAGGCAGUUGCUACCCUACUUGAUGCGCGAGCAUCCUUGGAUCUCCCUUCUGGCGUCAGCGGUUCAGGAAUAGUUGUGCAGGCCGCGUACUUUGGCAACUCGGACGUGCUGGCCACCCUCAUCGAAAGGCGAGGUGAUAUGGACUGCCCAACUUUCUUGGGUGGCAAUGCGCUGCUGGCGGCAGCGGGAUCACCAAGCGUUGACAGCACCCGCAUCUUGUUGGAGCACAGGGCGAACCCGAAUUACAUGAAUUACAUUGGCGCGACACCGGUUGCGUUCAACUGCAUUUUCAACACCGAUGCUGAACAUGCGCAGCUCUUGCUGGACGCUCGGGCCGAUCCCAACCAGCGUGGCGUAGUGAAGAGUUGCCUCUGGGCCGGUCUAAGCUGGGCCUGCCAGAAGAAGGUUCAGCUGGGGAGUGCAACCAUGAUUCACUGGAACAUUGCGGUGUCCAACGGGGGAACGCCGUUGCACGUGGCGGCCCUGAACGGCAGCUUACAGAUCGCCUUGCUCCUCCUGGACCGUGAUGCGGAUCUCGAUGCCACCUGGGGAGACAAAGAGUGCCUGUGGCUGCAAACAGUCAGGCUUGAGCCUGCAUAUGGAGUGCUUUUCCUAGGCACUAGAAACGGUAAAGGAGCUGUGACAAUCCGAAAGGACACCGUCUCUGAGUUCUUGAACAUUCCUUUGGCUACACUCUCUGAGUCAAUGCAGCGACGCUGUCUCGACUGGGAUUUCUGGUAUGAUUUCAUCAGCUGCCCGCAGCUUGGUGUUUCAGGUGGCCUUGGUGCCAGCAUCGAAGAGAAGAGUGCAAGCAAAAGAGGUUUGGCAGCUGCCAUCGCAAGCAUCCCAGCAUACUGCGAGAAGGCCGACCUCACCGUCGUCUUGGCGCCUUCGGUUCUGCACAGCGACGUACACCAGGUUCUAUCAACCAGCUCUUGGAGCAGUCGCGGCUGGUGCCGUGCAGAGCGCACAGCCACCGUGUUCUCUUCAGCAAGCUCCGCUUCCAAGAAGGUCCUGCUGGUCGUUUCGGGCCCCACCCAGAUUUCCAUUUCAGGCGGGCCCGAGUGGAUUUCAGCAUGGCCUGGCCAGGGAAAGUUCACCAUCGAGCACGACCGAACAGUGUUGCAGGAUCUCACAGGAGAGCUGUUGGCGACAAAGUGUGAGAAUUUGUUGCGCAGCGGUCAAAGCCAAUGGCGGUUUUACCAAGCUUUGCUUCCUAAGGCCCGCGGUAGGGCGGAUUUUGAACGUGAAGGCCUCGACCAUUUCUUACGGCGAUACAGAAUUCCUGAUUCCCACUGUGUCGUCCAUGGGAUGACGCCCCUCAUGCUUGCAAGCCUUGAAGGCAACAUCUCUGUUAUGAGGGAGCUAUUGGAAUCCAAGGCGGAUGUUGAUGAACUUAUCGCUUGGCGGCUUCCUGAAGGUCACAUUCAGGGGAAGUCUGUGACAGCACUGUUGCUGGCAGCAUCCUUGUCUUCAAAGGAGGCAGUUGCUACCCUACUUGAUGCGCGAGCAUCCUUGGAUCUCCCUUCUGGCGUCAGUGGUUCAGGAAUAGUGGUGCAGGCCGCGUACUUUGGCAACUCGGACGUGCUGGCCACCCUCAUCGAAAGGCGAGGUGAUAUGGACUGCCCAACUUUCUUGGGUGGCAAUGCGCUGCUGGCGGCAGCGGGAUCACCAAGCGUUGACAGCACCCGCAUCUUGUUGGAGCACAGGGCGAACCCGAAUUACAUGAAUUACAUUGGCGCGACACCGGUUGCGUUCAACUGCAUCUUCAACACCGAUGCUGAACAUGCGCAGCUCUUGCUGGACGCUCGGGCCGAUCCCAACCAGCGUGGCGUAGUGAAGAGUUGCCUCUGGGCCGGUCUAAGCUGGGCCUGCCAGAAGAAGGUUCAGCUGGGGAGUGCAACCAUGAUUCACUGGAACAUUGCGGUGUCCAACGGGGGAACGCCGUUGCACGUGGCGGCCCUGAACGGCAGCUUACAGAUCGCCUUGCUCCUCCUGGACCGUGAUGCGGAUCUCGAUGCCACCUGGGGAGACAAAGAGUGCCUGUGGCUGCAAGCAGCUUACAAGCUUCAACCAUUUAGGGAUCAGGGUUUAGGGUUUAGGGUUUAG